UUCUUACAGUAAGGGAAAAUGAAUUAAAAAAUGUUUGAAGGCAAUUAAAAUUUGGGAGAAUUUUUAAAAAUAAAACAAUGGUGUUGUCAUGUUUAAUGAAAAACAUAGUUCAAGAACAAAAAACGGCUUGCCUAAAAGUUUAAAACAGUGAUUGCUGAAAGGAAAAUAGAGGUUUCUCUUUCAAGUUUCACCUCCUCACCACCGCCAAGCUUCGUCUCCGAGAAUGUCACCAUCGCACACUUUUUUGUUUCCAAGCACAGCACCGAUGAUAUUAGCAACCAAACCCUAAUCGUGUCCACGCUUUCUUUCUUCUUUCCUGGCACACUUUCUCCCUCUCCACUUUCAGCACACACUUUUUCGUUUUCUGUUCUAGUUAUUUGGUUCUGAAGCUUUUGUUUCAAUGGAAAAGGACAAGCCUGUUUCUGUCAAAGAUGCUGUUUUCAAAUUGCAAAUGUCGCUCCUUGAAGGCAUUCAAAAUGAAGACCAGCUGUUUGCUGCUGGGUCUCUGAUGUCAAGGAGUGACUACGAAGACAUUGUAACCGAACGAUCCAUUACAAACGUGUGUGGUUAUCCGCUCUGCAGCAAUGCUUUGCCAUCCGAUCGCCCACGGAAGGGUAGAUACCGGAUUUCACUGAAGGAGCACAAGGUCUAUGACUUACACGAGACUUACAUGUUUUGUUGUUCAAAUUGUGUUGUUAGCAGCAAAGCUUUUGCUGGGAGCUUGCAAGCAGAGAGAUGCUCAGGUUUAGACCUGGAAAAACUAAACAAUAUUCUUAGCUUGUUUGAGAAUUUGAAUCUGGAACCAGCGGAGAAUUUGCAAAAGAAUGAAGAUUUCGGUUUGUCUGAUUUGAAAAUCCAGGAGAAGACAGAAACAAGCAGUGGGGAGGUGUCUUUAGAGCAGUGGGCUGGACCUUCAAAUGCAAUUGAGGGUUAUGUACCAAAACCAAGAGACCAUGAUUCUAAGGGUUUGCGGAAAAAUGUUAAAAAAGGGUCCAAAGCUGGUCAUGGCAAGCCAAUUAGUGACAUAAAUUUAAUUAGCAGUGAGAUGGGCUUUGUGAGUACUAUAAUUAUGCAAGAUGGGUAUAGUGUUUCAAAAGUACUGCCAGGUCAAAGAGACGCAACCGCUCAUCAUCAAAUUAAACCAACAGCUAUAGUCAAGCAGUUAGGAAAGGUUGAUGCUAAAGUGGUCAGGAAAGAUGAUGGUAGCAUUCAAGAUUUGUCUUCAUCUUUUAAGAGCAGUUUAAUUUUAGGUACCUCAGAAAAAGAGGAGGAAUUAGCCCAAUCAUGUGAAGCUGCGCUCAAAUCCUCUCCCGAUUGUGCUAUUAAAAAGAAAGAUGUUUAUUCCGUCUCCAUAUCAGAAAGACAAUGUGAUGUGGAACAGAAUGAUUCUGCUAAGAAAUCUGUACAAGUCAAAGGGAAAAUGAGUAGAGUUACUGCUAAUGAUGAUGCUUCCACUUCCAAUUUAGAUCCUGCCAAUGUUGAAGAGAAAUUCCAAGUGGAAAAAGCAGGUGGAUCAUUAAACACUAAACCCAAAUCUUCCCUUAAAUCUGCAGGUGAAAAGAAACUUAGUCGCACUGUUACUUGGGCAGAUAAGAAAAUCAACAGCACUGGGAGUAAAGAUCUUUGUGGGUUUAAAAAUUUUGGAGAUAUUAGAAAUGAAUCUGACUCAGCAGGAAAUAGUAUAGAUGUUGCCAAUGAUGAAGAUACAUUACGUCGCGCGUCAGCAGAAGCUUGUGUUAUUGCAUUGAGCUCAGCAUCAGAAGCAGUUGCUUCUGGAGACUCGGAUGUCAGUGAUGCUGUUUCUGAAGCUGGAAUCAUUAUAUUGCCACCACCACAUGAUGCUGGUGAGGAAGGUACUCUGGAGGAUGUUGAUAUACUACAAAAUGAUUCAGUUACUGUGAAAUGGCCUAGAAAGCCUGGAAUUUCUGAAGCUGAUUUCUUUGAAUCUGAUGACUCAUGGUUUGAUGCUGCACCAGAGGGUUUCAGUUUAACUUUGUCACCUUUUGCAACUAUGUGGAAUACCCUCUUUUCUUGGAUAACAUCAUCUUCUUUGGCAUAUAUAUAUGGGAGGGAUGAAAGUUUUCAAGAAGAAUAUCUAUCAGUUAAUGGCAGAGAAUAUCCCUGCAAAGUUGUCUUGGCAGAUGGUCGCUCAUCUGAAAUAAAACAAACUUUAGCCAGUUGUCUUGCUCGAGCUUUACCUACACUUGUUGCUGUGCUCCGGCUGCCAAUACCAGUAUCUACCAUGGAGCAAGGGAUGGCAUGCUUGCUGGAGACAAUGUCAUUUGUGGACGCACUUCCAGCUUUCAGAACAAAACAAUGGCAAGUGGUUGCUCUUUUGUUUAUUGAUGCAUUGUCCGUAUGUAGAUUACCUGCUCUUAUCUCAUACAUGACGGAUAGGAGGGCUUCAUUUCACAGGGUUUUGAGUGGUUCUCAAAUAGGUAUGGAAGAAUAUGAGGUUUUGAAGGAUCUUGCAGUGCCACUGGGCCGAGCACCUCACAUCUCUGCCCAAAGUGGGGCAUGACAACAAAUAGUGCAUUUUUUUUUUAUUUGGGGAAAAUUUACCUGUCAAGCAUUGGAGUGCUUGUUUAUAAACAUAAAAAAUAUGCAAUGACAAUUAUGCUAGGCCUCUAGCAACACGGGAACCAGAUUUCUAUAUUCUCUAAUGCUAGCUAGAGAGUGAUGAAUGCAAAAUUGAUAUUCAAAAUAGACAUAGUUCUAAAAUAUUGUCUUCCAGUUAAA